AUGGAUUUAUCAACUGUUUUAUCAUUCCUUGAGGCAAGAGGCUCUGGUAAUUCAGAAGCACUUGCUGCAGAAGCUGAAUAUCUUCAGAGUAAUCCACUUCAAUACUUUCUUGGCCUUGCAAAUGUAAUUAUUUCAGAUAAUGUAGAUCAUACAUUAAUUUCAAGAGCCAUGUUAUCAACAAAAACACCAUUACAAAAGAUAAGAGACUUAAAUUUAGACACAACAGAUACAAUUGCAUUAAUUGAACACCAACAAACGGGACUUUUCCAAGAACUUACUCAAAAAGCAUUAAAUUAUGCCUCAGAAAUGCCAAAUCAAUCAGGAAAUUUACUUUGCAACAUUCUCGUAGAGUUUAUUAUCAAUUCCGGACUAAAUCCUGACAAUUUCACAGCCGCUGUUGAAAUUAUUACAACAAUUACAUCAUAUUGGGAGAAAAACAAGAUUGAUUCUCUCACAACAUCAUUCGCAACAGCCUUUGAUAAUUUAUCAGAUGAAGUUUUUAUACCAGAUCCAGAGAUGUAUCAACCGAUUAUGUCAUUUAUCAUUAGCUCUCUAUACAUAGAUACAUUAACACAAGAUGCGCAGAAGAAAAUCCUUACAGCUUUGCUUCAUAUUAUGAGUUCAAUCGAAGCAAUAUUAAAUGACGAAGAUAACAGAGGUAUCAUACUCCAGGUGAUCGAAUCUAAGGUUUCCAUACCUUCUCUCAAGCCAAUUUGCUACAAAAUUUAUGGAAAAAUUGCAAGAUAUGCAUAUUCUCAUUUUGGCGACAUUGCUGCUAACGUAGUACUUGGAGCCAACCAGUACUUAUCAGAACCAAACAUUACAGGUGUAGAUCAAUGCGCAAUUUGCAACUUUUUCAAACAAAUUGCAAGAGCAGAGCUUUCUUACAUUAACAACCACUUGGAAACAUAUGGUAUUAUAGAGCAAGUCUUUCCAACAAUAUUCAUGCCGAUCGCAACCAUUUCUGCUUCAGAUGAUUCAACAGAUUUACCUCCAGAAAACCAGGCAUUGACUCCAGCUGAUGAAGCAAUCAACGUACUCAAUAUAAUGACCAGGGUCUGCCCAUCAGUGACUCUCCCUAUCAUCGUUGAAUUCGUACAAGAGAAUAUCUCGGUAGAGACCAUUGGAGGAAAAGUGACAGCUCUUGGAAUUUCUUAUGCCGCCAUAUCAUUACUCGAGAAUGAAGCGUUGGAUGACUUCACGAGCCUCAUCAUUCAGUCUAUUGCAGACUGUUUGACAUCUGAAAUUCCUCGACUUGUCUAUUUUGCCCUAAUAACUCUGUCAGAAAUUGUAAAUCACUACAUACAGUGCAAGAAGUACGAUGUAUUAUUAGAGCCACUUACACAGAUGCUACCAGUAAUAUUAGAUUACAUAGAAAACAAUGUUGAUUCAUAUAUUACUGAAGCAGCAAUCGAAAUUGUCAUAAAAAUGGCAGAACAGAAGGAUAAAUUCCCAUAUACAACAGAUAUAUUCAAUAAGUUUAUUGGAGUUUUUGAGUCAAAUGACCAAUCUUUCGUUUCAACAAUCUCCAGUUUUAUUUAUAUCAUAAUUCAAGAAGCAGCUAACGUCCAAGAUGUUGUAAACCUAGUUCCUACUAUUGUACAGUUAGUUCUAGGUACAAAAGAUAACGAAAUUCUCAAGAGAAACUCAGGAGAUAUAUUUUAUCUUCUUUACAUCUUCCUCCAGCACUGUUUCUCUGCUUUUGACGAUCAUAAGGUCGCCCUCAUUGAUGCAUUGAUCGCUGAUUACGUUGCAAAUCAAUCAUGUGAUUCUGUCAACGCGAGAGUUGUUUCUUCCAUCAUUUUUGCAAUCGCAAGAGAUGGAAGCAUCGCAGAACUACAAUCUCAGUACGGCCAAAUCAUCGGAGACAUAUGUUUAUACUUAUUGCAAAGAGUUGGCAAUCCAACAGAUGUUUCCGAUGGUUGUAUAGCCAUAGAAAACCUUAUUAAGGCCAAAGGAUUCAUUUCUGAUCGUCUCCAGGACAUUGUUUAUACAUUAAAUGCUGUUAUCCCAGAUCAUAAGUAUUUCCCUGAAUGUAUGAUGAAUAUUGUAUCGCUCGUUAACUUCCUGUUCCAGACAAGCUAUUCUGAAUUGUUUGCCAAGGUCGGCGGAGUUGAAAUUCUGAAAUUAAUUAAUUCAUUCGUUAUUGAAGACGAAUCAUUCGCUACUGAUUCAUGCGAUCUACUUAAUAACAUCACAGCUCUCUAUACAACACUGUUAGAGAAGUAUCCGGAGAACUGUUUGCAGUGGGUUGAUCCAAUGAUAGCAAUAAUGCAUAAAUUCAGCCCAGCAAUAGAUUGCGCGGAAUCAGAUGAUUAUAGAGAUAGCUUCUUAGUCCAAAUCUGCUCUUUCUUGAAAGGAUUUUCAGAAGUUUUUAGAGAUGACGGAGUAAAUGCAUUAAGAGAUGCAUUGACGAACGAUGAAAAGUUCUUAGCUGUUAUACACAUGUUCUUUGAAGUUGAUAGAAUUGCUUCUGAUGCAAGAAUUUUGUUUAAUCAAUUAGAAAUUCCAAUUCCGAAUGAAGAAGAGGAACUUGGCGAGUAA